AUGCCUCCAAUAACCACACUUUUCGCUCUACCCCUCCGUCUCCUCCUGCUCGUCUCCGCUAUACUCCCCCAAUCCAUCACAGCCACCCCCUCCAUCCUCACAACCGACGUAGUCAUCCUAGGCGGCGGGGCCUCAGGUACCUAUGCCGCCGUGCGACUCCGGGAUGAUCUCAAUACCAGUAUCCUUCUCAUCGAGCCUCACUCCCAUCUCGGUGGAUCAGUGAGUACGUACCGGGUGGCGGGGACAAACGAAAGUUUUGAAUAUGGCGUACAAUCCUACCUACCCAAUGGCCCGGCCUUGGCCCUAUUCACGCGCUUCGGAAUCGCCCUGGAGCCCUUCACCGCCAACCGUCUCAGCGCGCUGAAUGUCGAUAUCGAAACCGGACGCGUGUUGACAGACUACACGGCUCCGUCUGCGAAUGCGACGAAUGCGGCGUUUGGGCGCUGGCUGGAGGUGGUGGCCAAAUAUGAGCACAUGUUGGAGCCUGGGUAUUGGGAUUUCCCACAGCCGGGACAUGUGCCGGCGGUGUUGUUGGAGUCUUUUGGUGUGUUUGCAAAGAGAGAGGGGAUAGAGGCUGCGGUGCCGAGGAUCAUGGCGAUUAGUGGAGUGGGGUCUGGGGGUAUACAAGGGUUGUUGGUGUUGCAUGUGUUCCAAGCGUUUGGGGCGUCGUUGACUAGAGAUGUCCUGUCCAACUCGCUUGUCAAACCCGUGGGAUCCAAUAGUCUUCUCUAUGAGCGCGCCCUUGCGCGCCUCCAGCCCGACGUUUUGCUCGAGAGCACAGUCCAAGAUGUUAGACGAACCUCAGCUGGCGUGGAACUUUGGGUCAAGCAAGGCUCGAGGGAAUACCUCAUUCAAGCACGCCGCGUGCUGUACGCUGCACCGCCCAGCCUGAGCAACCUCGGCCCUUUCCAUCCAGACGAGAAGGAGAAAGCGGUAUUUGAGCAGUGGGCCGAAGGGGGUGAGUACAUUGGUGUUGCGAAGAUAGACUGUAUACCUGAGGGUGUGAGUGUCAAUUUCUUCCCCAAAUCGGCCUCGCCAUCCAACUAUCUGGCACUGAAAGACUACCCGUACAGUCUCCGUCUCGACUCUACCGGACCUCCUGGCAUGCAUCUCUUCCGCGUUAUAUUCGGCGCCAACUUUACGCUCACUGCGGGCAUUUUCAAAGACCUGGUAGCCGACAGUGUACAGAAGCUUCAAGAUGGUGGAGCGGUUACGGGCAGGUGCGAAACUGACUUCAAGGCCGUGUCGAACCACAGUCGGCCCAUGUGGAAGCAGAGUGCAGAGCAGAUUCAGGCAGGAUUUGUGCAGGACUUGUAUGGGCUGCAGGGGCAUAGGGGCAUGUGGGGGAUGGAGAUUAUGAAGAGGGUAUUUGAUGCAACCGACAAGGAUUCCAAGAUUGUUUGGUUGGCUCACACGAUCCCUUCGCUCUCGCAAGCCACGGUCCUGCAUAAGAGCGGGAAAAAGAAGAUAAGAUGUGGAUUCUGUUUGGACGGCCUUGGUCCCAACGCCCAGGUGCCCUUGUCUUUGCAGGGUGGCAUGCCAGCUGAAAAAGACGGGCGGUUGAGGCUGAGACUUGAGUUGAUGUGUGGAGGCGGGGUCACGAUGGUCAUGGUCACGAUCUGGGUCACGGUGCGCAGUGCGAUGGGUGCUGGUGGGUGUACUCUGUCAUGUAUAUAG